UCACAGCAGUCCCAAGCUUGCCUUGUCCGCCAUCUUGUGUGUCCCAAGCAAUUGGAGCGUUGACGUCGACCAAGCGAGCCCCUUUCGUCGGGUAAAAAUGGGCCACACGUGCGUAGUUUGGGGCUGUACCAACCGCGCUCAGCCCGGGCACGCCAAGCGGAAGUACUUCGAUAUCCCGAAGGUCAUCGUCAACCAGGGGAGCCAAACUGAGCGGCUGUCGACGGAGCGACGGAACUUGUGGCUGUCGAGGAUCAACCGAGCUGGAUUCACUCCCGACCCGGCGAAGAGACACUACAAAGUGUGCUCGGAUCAUUUCGUAACAGGUUGUAAAGCCAAUUUGUACGAAGUGACUCAUCCGGACUGGGCGCCCUCCCUCAAGAUGGCACCCGAGCGUCAGUCACUUCCCGAUACAACACCGAAAUCUCAGCCUGGCAAGAAGCGACACGAUCGUCCGAGAGACCGGGAAGGUCGUCCGAGCCCGGACCCCGUCCGCCCCGAUUUUAGGGUCCGGGUGCCGGAGCGAGCCCGGACCGGUCGCCGUUUCGCACGGGCCCCGAAGCUGGCGCGGAGCAGGCCCGGGGCCGCCCCCUCCGGAUUCUCGUGGAACUCCUUUGACGUGUUUUUCUCGCCCGUAGGGGACGCCGUCGAUGUCCGUCACGAUAUGGUUGACUUCCUGUUGACUUGCCCGGAGGAGGCGUGGCUGGCGAGUACGGUGGAGCAAGACCACGCCUACGCUUCCCACGCCGCGCUGUCGUGCGAAGAGGAGGAGUCGCAGCGCCGAGGCGUCGGAGAGGAAGAGGAGGAGCCUGGGCUAAUCGGCGUCAAGGAGGAAGAGGAAGACUGCAGCAUCUCCCGGGAGGACAUCAUCGAGGUCCAAGUGAAGAGCGAAGACGAAGCCGAUUGGCCGCGUCACGAGGAGCCACGCGAUGAUAUGACUGAAAAUGACUCAGUGUGGGGGCCGGAGUCACGCUGCUCUGACUCGCUAGGGGGCGCCAAACACGCGGACUGCGACGCGAUUUCAGAGACGUCGGAUCCGGAACCGCACUGGGGGAAAACCCUCCGCGUGCUCCAUUUGCAGGAAACGCUUCAAGCGGAUGCCGGCCCUCGUCAGACACGCCGGCGGUUGCGCGCCGGAAGGUUCCAAAGCCUGCCUGACCCGACGCGGAAAAACCAAUCCUGCACCAUCUGAGCCAGGAGCCCCACCCCCAGGAAGAACUCGCCCGCACGCGCGCCAGCCAACAGCUAGCUAGCUAGCGCGAGCGGCAACGCGGCAGCCAGUGCUCAUUUAUUUUCACGUCAACGUCCAUCGAAGCGGCCGCGCUAACAAAAGGGGAACCAAAACAAUUUUAAAGCAAGUAUACGUUGCCUGGAAUAUUUAAUAUUUACAUAUUACCUGUGAUUAGGGAGUAAUUAUUGAGUGAAUGAUUGUGAGGAACCACGAGAAUUAGCGACAAUGGACUAGUUAGCGGCGUUAUGUGUACGCCAUGUUGGAAAAUAAGACACGUUGACCUCAUGGCAAAUGGGCGCCAUUUUGUCAACAAAGUGAAUCUUCUAUGAAUGAUAAAAAAUGAUAAUAAUGACACUGUUCAACAGUCAGUAGUCUUUUAUAUGUCAAGUGUUUCAAAGACAAACUAAUACAUUUGCACCACGAGCAGUGCUUCGUGGUCAUAUUUGGAAAAAAAUGUCAUAUUUGAGAGCACAACAGACCGGCACAUGACCGGAGAGAGACAAUCACAAGUGUCGACUUUAGAAGUAGGAAGUGAUUUAUAUAUUAAAAAAAAGAAAUUAAAAACUUUUGAAAAUGUUUUCUGAACUGAAAUUUGCAAGCUUAUUAAAAUGACGUCUUAUUUUUU